UUAGCUUCCGGCCUGGGCGCCCAUUUCCACCCAUCAUGCCCCGCGCGUGCGCAGCUCCUGCAGGUGUCUGUGUGGCGAAUGUCGGCCUGUCUUGUGCAGCGUACGAGGGAGGGCCAGGCCUGGUGACGGGCGCUUGGGGACCGGUUGAGCAUCCAUAUUUACGAAGAAAGUGAGAGUGUGAAGAUGAGCAGCCGAAGAAAGCAUGCUCCCCCAGUGAAGGUGGAUGAAGAAAGGCAGCGGCAGCUUCACUGGAGCAUGCAUGAGGACCUGAGGAACGAACCACUCACCUUGACUACCGAGGAGCGACCCUGCUCAGGUGCAGACUCUUCUUCUGACUGCAUCAUCGUAGAUGAUGACCCACCUGAAGGUGCAAGUCACAGAGAUAAGAAGAGGCGGUCAGAGGCUGUGAGCACCUUGCAGUCCACCGAAAAAGAGACUCCUUUGUCUGUGACGUUGAAUGUUAAGAUUUCUCCCUAUCGUGUGGACCGUUCUUGGAAAGCAUUUCUUGGAGAUUUUGCUCUUCAGCUUCUCCCUGAAGAGAGUUUAGUUGAACAUUUUUCUGAAAGGAGUUUUACACUAAUGAGUUCAGAGUCAAGCAAUCACUUCCUGAUCUAUGUUCAUUCAGAAUGCAAAGAUGUAGAGAAAGAAGAAAAUGUACUCAAAGAUCCAGCUGAUGUUUGUGGUAAGGCCGUUCGAGUGGAAUCCUCCUUCAGUAGUGACAUGUUGCAGGACUUGGCUUGGCUGCAGAAGAAAAGAGGUCUAAAACUCUGUCAGAGACCAGAAGGAAAUCAUACGAUCAAGGUUGGAAUUUAUAUCUUGGAAGCUGGCCUAUCAAGACUAGACUUUAUGAGUGAUGCAAGUUCAAGAAUGAAAAAGUUCAAUCAGCUCAUGAAGAGAGUGAUGGAAAAGUUACAUAAGUUUACUAUUCCAGAUGUCCUGGAAGAAGAUGAGGAGGAUUCAGAGAGUGAGCCAGAGGGCCAGGACAUUGAUGAGCUCUAUCACUUUGUGAAGCAAAAACACAAGCAAGAAACACAGUCAGUCCAAGUGGAUGUCCAGCAUCCUGCCUUGAUUCCAGUGCUGAGACCUUACCAGAGAGACGCAGUCAACUGGAUGCUUCAACAAGAGCAUUUCAGAAGCUCCCCUGCUGGUGAUAACUCUCUGCACUUCUUGUGGCGAGAAAUUGUUACGCCUGAUGGUUUGAAACUCUACUAUAAUCCAUACACAGGCUGCAUCAUUCGUGAUUUCCCACAUGCUGGGCCACAGUUGCUUGGUGGAAUCUUAGCAGAUGAGAUGGGUCUCGGAAAGACCGUGGAGGUUCUGGCUCUGAUUCUUACACAUACGCGACAAGAUGUCAAACAGGAUGCUCUCACACUUCCUGAGGGGAAAGUGGUGAAUUAUUUCAUCCCAUCUCAUUGUCCUAAAAAAAAAGUGAAAAAUAGAGAAAUCCAGGGUACAGAAUAUGAACCAAAAGAGAAAGUUCACUGCCCCCCUACACGUGUGAUGAUCCUGACAGCUGUGAAAGAAAUGAAUGGGAAAAAAGGAGUAUCUAUUCUUUCCAUCUAUAAGUAUGUCAGCUCUGUAUUCAGAUAUGAUGUUCAACGGAACCGGAGUCUUCUGAAGCGGAUGCUGAAAUGUUUAAUCUUCGAGGGGCUUGUAAAACAGAUCAAAGGCCAUGGCUUCUCUGGGACUUUUACACUGGGGAAGAAUUACAAAGAAGAAGAUAUAUUUGAUAAAGCAAAAAAACAGGCAGUCGGGAGUCCAAGGAAGAUUCAGAGAGAGUUAAGGAAACCAGUGAGCAAGGAUACAGAUUCUGAAUACCUGCCAUCAAACACUUCUGAUGACGAUGAUGAUCCUUAUUAUUAUUACUGUAAGGCCAGAAGAAAUCGUAGUAAGAUGAAGAAAAAACCCAUUUUAGUCACCAAAGAGGAGAAAAGUCAGCCUAUCUGUUCAGAUUCCCAAGUUCACGCUCCAGCAGCUGGUGACUCUCCAAGUACAGAUGCUCAUGGGUUAGAAAGUACAUGCAUCUGUGAAGACGAGGAAAACCAAAAAGCAAAGGACUUUGCUGAGUCUCCAAACCCUGCUGCUGAGGAGUUCACACAUUCUAAUAGCGUGAGUCCCUGUGAGACUUCUGAUUACCGCUUUGAGUGCAUAUGUGGUGAAUUUGACCAGACUGGCCACAAGCCGAGAGUUCAGUGUCUGAAGUGUCACCUGUGGCAGCAUGCGAAGUGUGUGAAUUAUGAGGAGAAGAAUCUGAUGGUUAAACCUUUUUACUGCCCCCACUGCCUUGUUGCAAUGGAUCCAGUGUCAACAAGAGCAACUCUGAUUAUCUCUCCAAGCUCCAUCUGCCACCAGUGGGUAGAUGAAAUCAACCGGCAUGUGAGAUCAUCAUCUCUUCGAGUUUUGGUAUAUCAAGGAGUGAAGAAAGAUGGCUUCUUACAGCCUCAUUUUUUGGCAGAACAAGAUAUAGUUAUCAUUACCUAUGAUGUCCUUCGUUCAGAACUAAACUAUGUCGAUAUCCCACAUAGCAAUAGUGAGGAUGGGCGUCGCCUGAGGAACCAGAAGCGCUAUAUGGCCAUUCCCAGCCCCCUGGUAGCAGUGGAGUGGUGGAGGAUCUGCCUUGACGAGGCUCAGAUGGUUGAAUGUCCUACAGUAAAAGCUGCAGAAAUGGCCCAGCGUCUGAGCGGGAUUAAUCGUUGGUGCAUCAGUGGCACUCCAGUGCAGAGAGGAUUGGAAGAUCUUUUUGGGCUGGUGGUCUUUCUUGGGAUUGAACCUUUCUGUGUCAAACACUGGUGGAUUCGACUUCUCUAUCGUCCAUACUGCAAGAAGAAUCCUCAGCACCUGUACAGUUUUAUUACCAAGAUAUUGUGGAGGUCUGCAAAGAAAGAUGUCAUUGACCAAAUUCAGAUUCCACCUCAGACUGAAGAAAUGCACUGGCUCCACUUUUCCCCUGUGGAGAGACAUUUCUAUCACCGCCAGCAUGAGGUGUGCUGUCAGGAUGCCGUGGUGAAACUCAGGAAGAUCUCUGACUGGGCCCUGAAGCUGAGCAGCUUGGACAGAAGGACAGUCUCCUCCAUCCUGUAUCCAUUGCUGCGGCUCAGGCAGGCCUGCUGUCACCCACAGGCUGUUCGUGGGGAGUUCUUGCCACUCCAGAAGAGCACCAUGACAAUGGAAGAGCUGUUGACGUCUCUGCAGAAGAAAUGUGGAACGGAGUGUGAAGAGGCCCACCGGCAACUAGUUUGUGCCCUCAACGGCUUAGCAGGCAUUCAUAUCAUUAAAGGUGAGUAUGCCUUGGCAGCAGAACUAUACAGGGAAGUAUUACGCUCAACUGAGGAGCACAAAGGAAAACUCAAAACUGAUUCACUUCAAAGACUUCAUGCCACACAUAACUUAAUGGAGCUGUUGGUAGCCAAGCACCCAGGGAUACCGCCCACCUUGAGAGAUGGCAGACUUGAAGAAGAGGCCAAGCAGCUUCGGGAACAUUAUAUGAGCAAGUGUAACACAGAAGUGGCUGAAGCCCAACAAGCUUUGCAGCCUGUGCAGCAGUCCAUACGGGAGCUGCAAAGGAAGAUUCAUUCUAAUUCUCCUUGGUGGCUGAAUGUAAUCCAUAGAGCAAUGGAAUUUUCUGUUGAUGAGGAACUUGUUCAGCGGGUGCGAAAUGAAAUAAGCAGUAACUACAAGCAACAAACUGACAAGCUCUCUAUGUCCGAGAAGUUCCGUGACUGCAGAGGCCUUCAGUUCUUACUCACAACACAAAUGGAAGAGCUCCUGAAAUGCCAGAAGCUAGUGAGGGAGGCUGUGAAGAAGCUGGAGAGACCUCCAACCCGGGAAGUGAUUGAGUCUGCAACAGUCUGCCACCUGCGGCCAGCUCGACUCCCUCUCAGCUGCUGUGUCUUUUGUAAAGCUGAUGAAUUGUUCACUGAGUAUGAAUCAAAGCUAUUUUCUAACACAGUCAAAGGCCAGACUGCAAUCUUUGAAGAAAUGAUAGAAGAUGAGGAGGGGCUUGUGGAUGACAGAGCCCCCACCACUACCAGGGGCCUGUGGGCGACAAGUGAGACAGAGCGGUCUAUGAAAGCAAUCCUGUCAUUCGCGAGAUCACAUAGGUUCGAUGUUGAAUAUGUAGAUGAAGGAAGUGUAUCAAUGGAUCUUUUCGAGGCGUGGAAGAAGGAAUAUAAGUUACUUCAUGAAUACUGGAUGACUCUGAGAGAUCGUGUGUCUGCUGUUGAUGAGCUUGCAAUGGCUACAGAGCGACUAAGAGUACGCCACCCCAAGGAGCCAAAGCCAAACCCACCUGUCCAUCACAUAAUUGAACCACAUGAGGUAGAACAGAAUCGUAUAAAACUGAUAAAUGAUAAAGCUGUUGCUACAUCACAGCUUCAGAAAAAACUUGGACAGCUUCUUUACCUAACGAAUUUGGAGAAGUCUCAAGAUAAAACAUCAGGAGGUAUUAAUCCAGAGCCUUGUCCAAUCUGUGCUCGACAGCUGGGAAAACAGUGGGCAGUGCUGACCUGCGGACACUGCUUCUGUAACGAAUGCACUUCUAUUAUAAUUGAACAGUACAGUGUGGGCUCUCAUCGAAGCUCCAUCAAGUGUGCCAUCUGCCGCCAGACCACAUCACACAAAGAGGUCUCCUAUGUCUUCACCUCAGAGAAAGCGAACCAAGAGGAUGACAUCCCUGUGAAGGGUAGCCAUUCUACAAAAGUGGAAGCUGUAGUCAGAACUCUGAUGAAAAUACAGCUUAGAGAUCCAGGGGCUAAAGCACUCGUUUUCUCAACGUGGCAAGAUGUAUUAGAUAUUAUCUCCAAAGCCCUCACUGACAACAACAUGGAAUUUGCACAGAUCAGUCGGAUUAAGACAUUCCAGGAGAACCUUUCAGCAUUUAAACAUGAUCCUCAAAUUAAUAUCUUGCUGCUGCCCCUUCACACGGGCUCUAAUGGGUUAACUAUCAUUGAAGCCACUCAUGUCCUCCUGGUGGAGCCCAUCCUGAACCCUGCCCAUGAGCUUCAGGCCAUUGGGAGGGUGCACCGAAUUGGACAGACAAAACCCACUAUUGUACAUAGAUUCUUAAUUAAAGCAACAAUAGAAGAGCGAAUGCAGGCAAUGCUGAAAACUGCUGAGAGGAGCCACUCAAGCUCAUCUGGGAAGCAUUCUGAAGCCUCUGUGUUGACUGUGGCUGACCUGGCAGACCUGUUUACCAAAGAGACUGAAGAGCUUGAAUGAAGUGACAUCUAAUCAUUACACAGCCUUUACUAUAGGACCUAACUUUCGUAGUUGUAA